CGAGGCAUGUUGGGUUAGACGUCGGGAUAGGUCAGGGGUUAUUAAACAGUAAGCGCUCGCUCGGACCUGAUCUGGCUGCUUUCCUGCUUUGAUCAAUCUUUGAUUAAUCUUCUGGCCCGUGACGCAUGUUGAUAUACCUGGAUGAAGUCUGCCAAGAGGAAAGGAGCAAAGCCCAGAAAGGUCGAGAAGGAGACGCUGCAAACGGAUGAAGACGAGAUCGGACUUAAAGAGGAAGAGGAAGCUCGAUGCAUUGCUGAGCGAGAGGAGAGAGAGAGAGUGGAAAGAGAAAGGCUCGAACAAAAGGACAGGGAACGAAGGGAGGACGAGCUGAACGAACUGCGCCAUCUGCUGGAGGUGAACCAGAGUGCAGUUAAGGCAUGGGAGGCUGCCUGUAGGGAGAGCGCCAAGUGGGAUCGGUACAGGCUGUGCGACGGCAGUCCAAACCCGGCGGUGCAGCCGGAAAUCAACGCCUUCAUUAGUCUGUGGAAGGAAGACCCGGUGGGGCAGAUUCAGCCACUCUUGCAGCAGUGUGCCAUGGCUCUGAGGCUGACAGAUGAACUGGAUCUUCUUGUGAGGGAGGAGCCUGAACCCUCUGUUGCCCAGAUGUAUCAGGAAACACGUCUGACUUUACAGAAUCUCAUUCAUGACAAACUGCUGCAGGCCACUGAGGAGAUUCUGAAGUCAGCCAAGGAACAGUCGGACAUAGAGACGGGUAACAUGCAGGCAGUAGUGCGAGAUGACAAUGUCACUCUGUGCUUGUGGGCUAACCUCAACAAAAACCCCAGGUUUAAGGGCCAUCAGUUUAAGGAGGUGGGGAUGGGCUUUGAGUUGCCCAAACAGCUCGUCACAAGUGACAUUGGCGUGCGGAUGCUGCACACGCGCUACGACCACCUGUCUGACCUGAGCCGUCAUGCACGAGUCCACGGGAGGAGACCUGCAGCGAUAGAGGUGGGCACAGUGACACUCCUGGCUCAGACCCCCGAGGUGGCAGAAGAUGGAGGGAUGAGGGUAGAGGGGAAAGAGAGGGGAAACCCACAGCAUGCCGAGGACGAACCUCAGUCGCUCAGAACCCAAGGGAAGAAGAGUGCCAGUGUGCAAGGGCAGGGCAGAGAGGCUCAGACAGAGACCGUAACAGACAGGCCGACCUUUCCCGGAGAAGGAGCAGAUGAGCCCGACUCAACACCCGCUGCAGUAGAGUCAGUGAGUGACACCACCAAUGUCCAUGUAGUGGAUCUGCACCAGUACACGCCCCUGGGCGGAGUCUUCUACUUUGAUGUGUUCUACCUUCCUCCCCAGUCUGUCACAGUCAACGGCUGGGAGAUGAGAAAGUUACUAGACACAGGCCUUUUGGUUUUCCCUUACCCCUCCGAGCAGUCUCAGGUGCACAGCUCUGUUGCAGGGAGAGUGGAGGAAAGUGGCACACACUCCUCCCCACCUGUAGGGGUCACUGUUCGCCUGCCUGAGUCUGUGGUCUUCCUGGAGGAGCCACAGGUGGCGCGCUGGGACCCUGCUGACCAGCAGUGGCGGUCAGACGGCGUUAGCGAGACCUGCUACCAGGCCGAGGAGCGCAGCCUCUCCUUUAAGAUGGCCUCCUUCUCCGCCUUCACGCUGCUCCAGGAUUCACAUGCCAACAUGCCCUUCCAGUCCUGGGAGCUGCGGCCUCUGGGCCAGGACUCGGCCCAGCUCACCAUCACGGCGGCUCUCGUCGAAGUCAGCAUCACUGUCAAGGGAAACCGGUGCAUGCUCCAGAUGGAGCGUGCCCGUGAACUCACCCCCAUCCUGGGGAGAUGGAUGAAUCUGCCUGCUCUACAGGCGGCCAUGAGACGAUCCGGAAUCAACAUGUUUGUUAAUGAGUACUCAGAAAAGUACGUGGACGUCCACGCCAAGGACCCACUGAUAGAGCACACGGCAUACGAGCAGAUGGCGCUGGUGUCGUCAGCCUUCGCUUUCUCGUGGAGCCGGUGGAACGCACAGUGUCAACAGCAGCACCUUGUCCUUCAGGUGUGUGAGCAGCUGGAAGCAGGGCCUGUCCCAGCAAAGGCAUGGUCUCUGUAUCUCUUGGGUGCCCAAAGAAGUCAUCGUCUGAAGAUGACAGAAUGGAGUGCUGCCUUCUCCCCAGAGCUGGCUGAGGGGAGCGAGUUCCACUCCACCUUUUUACACAUGCUCAGAGAUGGUGUGAGUGCUGAGGGGUGGGCCAGAGUUAACCACGCCCACCCGCUCUACAUCAACACAGUGCAGGCGCUGCUCUGUUCCACCCGGGUCCUCACUUUCUCAUGAACACACACUCAGAUGAAUACUAGACCUUAAAUAAUGCCAAUGCUGUAAUAAUUAACUGCCAAAUUCCAGUUCAUCAUACACUGAUUAAAAGUGAAGAGUUUAAUGAAAUGCAUU